AUGAGCCAUAGACCUCCUCCAAAACACGAAGGCGUGAUCAUUGACGAUAUUGCCGAGGAGCGAGCGGCCCGAGCGAAACAGCUCAAAGAGGAUUUUCCUGGCUCACGAAACGUUCCUUCGACUGGGUUGCGUCUCCCAGAAUCAACUAAAGCUCCUGAAUCUAACGAACAGAAGGGACAGGCAUCGUCUCCUGAGAAAUCCGACCAGACGUAG